CCCUUCUCGACUGGAUCGGUCCGCUGGGGUGCCGGAUCCCCUCACGGUUGAGACGCGCCGAACUCCCAGCAGGAGUCGGCUCUCUGGAGCCUGGUCCCUCCCUUCCCCUUCCCUGCCCCCUUCCCCCACCCCCGACGCGGGCUCCGCGCGGCGGCCGGAGGAACCCCGAGCAGCCAGCCCAGGCCCCUGAGCUGGAGGGAUGGAGAACUCGUCAGCCGCAUCGGCCUCCUCCGAGGCGGGAAGCAGCCGCUCCCAGGAGAUCGAGGAACUGGAGCGCUUCAUUGACAGCUAUGUGCUGGAGUACCAGGUGCAGGGGCUGCUGACGGACAAGACAGAAGGUGACGGCGAGAGCCAGAGGACACAGUCCCACAUCUCCCAGUGGACUGCGGACUGCAGAGAGCAGCGGGACAGCGGCGGCUGUUCCUUCUCCAGAGGGCGAGCCCCGCCACAGCAGAAUGGAAACAAAGACAACUCUCUAGACAUGCUGGGCACAGAUAUCUGGGCUGCCAACACCUUUGAUUCCUUCAGUGGUGCCACCUGGGACCUGCAGCCUGAAAAGCUGGACUUCACCCAGUUCCAUCGGAAGGUCCGCCACACACCCAAGCAGUCCCUGCCACACAUUGACAGAGACGGGUGUGGCAAAGGGAAGCUGGAAGAUGGGGAUGGCAUCAACCUGAAUGACAUUGAGAAGGUCCUCCCAACCUGGCAGGGCUACCACCCAAUGCCCCAUGAAGUGGAGAUCGCACACACCAAGAAGCUGUUUCGGAGGAGGAGAAAUGACCGAAGACGGCAGCAGAGACCUCCAGGAGGGAGUAAGCCCCAACAGCAUGGUGACCAUCAGCCAGGCAGUGCCAAACACAACAGGGACCACCAGAAAUCCUACCAGGGGGGCUCAGGGCCCCACCCCUCAGGGAGGCCCACCCACCAUGGCUACAGCCAGAACAGGCGCUGGCACCACGGCAACAUGAAGCACCCACCAGGGGACAAGGGAGAAGCAGGCAGCCACCGCAACGCCAAAGAGACCACGACCGUCGAGAACCCCAAACUUGAAGAUACCCCCGGGGACACCGGACACAGUGGCCUUGAGCCUACCUGCAGCCCUGACGCCCUGGCCCCAACAGCUUCCGAGAGGCCAGCCCCACAGCCGCCUGGGGGGCCAGAGGCUGAGACCAAGCAUAAAGACAGUGUUCUUCCCGAGCGCCUCGGGGAGCGGCCCAAAAUCACCCUGCUCCAGUCUUCCAAAGACAGGCUGAGGCGAAGACUAAAAGAAAAGGACGAAGUGACGGUCGAGACGAGCAAUCCUCAGCCAAACAAGAUGGACAAGUUGAUGGAGAUCCUGAACAGCAUGAGGAACAACAGCAGUGACGUGGACGCCAAGCUCACCUCCUUCAUGGAGGAGGCCCAGAACUCCACCAACUCCGAGGAGAUGCUGGGAGAGAUCGUGCGGACCAUCUACCAGAAGGCAGUGUCGGACCGCAGCUUUGCCUUCACGGCCGCCAAGCUCUGCGACAAGAUGGCACUCUUCAUGGUCGAGGGGACCAAGUUCCGGAGCUUGCUCCUCAACAUGCUCCAGAAGGACUUCACUGUGCGCGAGGAGCUGCAGCAACAGGAUGUGGAGCGCUGGCUGGGCUUCAUCACCUUCCUGUGCGAGGUGUUCGGCACCAUGCGGAGCAGCACUGGCGAGCCCUUCCGAGUGCUGGUGUGCCCCAUCUACACGUGCCUCAGGGAGCUCUUGCAGUCUCAGGAUGUGAAGGAAGAUGCUGUCCUGUGCUGCUCCAUGGAGCUACAAAGCACAGGCCGGCUGCUGGAGGAGCAGCUGCCUGAGAUGAUGACGGAGCUCCUAGCCAGCGCUCGAGAUAAGAUGCUAUGCCCCUCAGAGUCCAUGCUAACCCGGUCCCUGCUCCUGGAGGUCAUCGAGCUCCACGCCAACAGCUGGAACCCUCUGACGCCCCCCAUCACGCAGUACUACAACAGGACCAUCCAGAAACUGACGGCCUGACAGACAGAGGGGCCUGGCAGGCAGCCCAUAGGCAGCUGGGGCCCUGGUCCACGGGGCCAGAUGGACAGGCGAAAGGACAGGGGUGGCCCUGGCGGGAAAAAGAAAUGAGCAGGGAGGCAGGCAGGCAGGCAGCAACAGUGGCCAGUCUGGAACCAGCCGAGGAGGGGAUUGGAUCCCUCGGAAGAGCUCCCCUAGGCAGCCUCCCCAGCCUGAGCAUGUGGCGGCUCACGCCAAGGGACGCAUGUUUCUUUGUCCUGGUGGUCACCCGCCCUUGCUCUCCUGAGCUCUGGUCCUCCCCGCCCCCUGCCUUCCAACCCAUCC